UCGAUCUUUUUCCUCACACAACACCAAUCACUCCCAAAAUUCAAGGCGCAAACAUGUCAUCUUCUUCUUUUCUGUGCUUAGCUUUCACCUUAAUAUUAGGCGGCUCUAUUGUAGUCGGCGUUCGGGGCAACGACUUCACCCGGGACUUCGACGUAGUGUGGGGCCGUGAGAACGCGAGGAUCCUCGACGGCGGCCGGCUCCUCGAGCUCUCUCUCGACCAGCGGUCGGGCUCGCGGAUCGAGUCCAAGAACCGGUUCCUGUUUGGGAGGGUCGAUCUGCAGAUCAAGCUCGUCGCGGGCGGCUCCGCCGGCACCAUCACCUCCUUCUAUAUAUGCUCUGGAGGAGCGACGCACGACGAGGUCGACUUCGAGUUCCUCGGCAAUGUUAGCGGAGAGCCUUACAUUCUUCACACCAAUAUAUUCAGCCAUGGGAAGGGAGGCAAGGAGCAGCAGUUCUACUUGUGGUUUGAUCCCACACAGGAUUUUCACACCUAUUCCAUACUGUGGAAUCCAUUAAACAUCAUCCUAUUCGUCGACGACACUCCGAUUCGAGUGUUCAAGAACUAUGAGGCGUACGGCGUGCCGUUCCCGAAGAACCAGCCGGUGAGGGCCUUCGCGAGCAUCUGGGACGCCGACGACUGGGCGACGCAGGGCGGGCGGAUCAAGACGGACUGGUCGAAGGCUCCCUUCGUGGCGUCGUACAGAAACUUCAGGGCGAACGCGUGCGUAUGGACGGGAGAUUACCCGGCGUGCGGCGACACGAAAUGGAUGCAGCAGGAGCUGGACUGGUGGAGCUGGAUGACACUAAGUUGGGUCCGGAUGAACUACCUGCUCUACGACUACUGCACGGACACAAAGCGGUUCGGGUACGGAUUCCCGCCCGAGUGCGCUCUGCCCAAUUAGAGAUCGAUGAACUUUGAUUGGAAAUAUUCUAUUUAUUCUUUUGUAGUAAAUUAAUUGCUGCUUUAACUUUUAAGUAGAAGCUUGAGAAACAUUUAAUCACUAAUUUUUGUAAAUUAAUUGCUGUUUUAUUUUUAAUCAGUGAAAAAAAAUGGAAC